AUGAAUCACGAAGAGAUAAAAUCCGUCGUUCAGGAAAAAUUUUUAUCUAGUGAACGAGUGACAGCAUUCCUUUGUGAUGCUAAAGUGCUCCACCCAGAAUGGGUAAAGAAGGAUAGACUUUUAGCGAUUGUGGAAUAUGGAGAUGAGAAAGCCGUCUUUUGUUUAUUUACGUCAUGUUACCCACCGAAAUCCUUCACCGAUUUAUCUAUAGAAAUAGUGCUGCCUAUCGACAGUACCUUUAAAUGUGAAAUUGACAACAAACCAUCUGAUCCAGAAGCAAUACUGUACCUGAAUUUACAAUCACGUAACAAUAAGUUUAAGUUUGAAAUUCAAAUGACUCCUCGUGUAGACAAUUUUGUAGAUGACUUGUUUCGGGGCAUAGAAGCAGUUAACAAACUACAAGAGCAACCAGAAUUUGUUUGGCUGAAGAAAUACAGUGGUAAAAAUGAUGAUGAUAUUAUAGCUCAAAGCAUGGUGCUUCCCAGAGGUGUAAUAAACACGCAAACUGCUCCAGUGGCUAUAAGAGAAAGUUUAAUAAAACAUAAGAUGUGUGAUAAAGAAUUUGAUUAUACAUUUACAAAAAAGUUUACAAUUUUUUGUGGCACAUGGAAUGUAAAUGAUAAAUCCCCAGUGAUACCUCUUAAAGACUGGUUAUGUGUGGAUAAAGAGCCUCCUGAUAUUUAUGCUGUUGGAUUUCAGGAACUUGAUUUGUCUAAAGAAACUUUUCUGUUUGACCAAACAUUUAGAGAAGAUGAAUGGUACAAUGCAGUAUUAAACUAUGUAGACAGACGGGCGAAAUAUGUAAAAUUGGAGAAAGUAAGACUUGUUGGUAUGCUACUUAUUGUUCUUAUUAAGGAAAAACAUUACUCACAUGUCCGUAACAUAGUAUGUGACACUGUGGGUACAGGAAUCAUGGGCAAGAUGGGGAAUAAGGGUGGAGUAUCUAUAAGAUUUGACUUACAUAACACCUCUAUUUGUUUUGUUAAUUCCCACUUAGCUGCUCAUGUUGAAGAAUAUGAAAGGCGCAACCAGGACUUUAGAGAUAUUUGUAAUAGAACAAGGUUUGUGCAACCAAAUCAACAGCCGAAAGCUAUUAAAGAUCAUGAUCAUAUCUACUGGAUUGGAGACCUCAAUUACCGCAUUACAGAGUUGGAUCCCCAGAGUGUAAAGAAAUUAGUCAACGAAAACAAUUUUGCACCAGUCUUAGAAUGGGAUCAAUUGAAACAGCAACAUAAAAACAACAAUGUUUUUGCAGGUUACAUUGAAGGUGUCAUUAAUUUUAAACCCACAUACAAAUAUGAUGCUGGUACUGACAAUUGGGACUCCAGUGAGAAACACCGUGCACCAGCAUGGUGUGAUCGAAUAUUCUGGAGAGGACAAAAUAUCAUGCAAUUAGCAUAUAGAAGUCACCCAUCUCUUAAUAUAAGUGACCAUAAACCUGUUUCUGCUGUGUUUGUUUCAGAAAUCAAAAUUAUUGAUGAAGAAAAAUACAGAAAGGUUUAUGAAGAAGUGAUUAAACAAUUAGAUAAGCUUGAAAAUGAACUGAUACCACAAGUAAAAGUUGAUGUAACUGAAAUAGACUUUGGUACAGUCAGGUACUUAGAAUUACAAGUGAGAACAAUUACUAUCAAGAAUACAGGUAAAUUACCAGUAGAAUUUGAAUUUAUAAAGAAAUUAGAUGAAGCAAACUUUUGCAAAGAAUGGCUUAUUGUAGAGCCAUACAAAAAAUGUAUUUGUGCAGACGAGUCAUGUGAAAUUCAGCUUAAAGUACUUAUUAACAAGACUUCAGCAUGCAAAAUGAAUGCUGGUACUGAUAAGUUGUAUGAUAUUUUAGUUCUUCACUUAUACGGUGGUAAGGAUAUUUUCAUUACAGUUAAUGGAACAUACCAAAGAAGCUGUUUUGGUUGCUCUAUAGAAGUAUUAGUAAACUUAAACAUGCCUAUAAGAGAAGUACCCGUGGGAAAACUUAUAGAACUUGAAAAUAAAAGAGAUCAAUGUGUUUCUAACCAAUCAACAUAUUCUAUACCAAAGGAAAUAUGGUUUUUAGUGGAUCAUAUCUAUCUCCAUGGCCUGAAAGAACCAAAUCUUUUUGAACAGCCUGGUCUUCAUUCUGAAGUGUUGCAAAUAAGGGAUUGGUUAGACACUGGUUCUAUUGAUCCUAUCCCCGGAAGUAUACAUUCAGUGGCUGAAGCACUUCUAUUGUUACUUGAGAGUACAUCGGACCCAAUUAUACCAUACAACCUUCAGUCUGUAUGUCUUAGAGCAUCUGCCAACUACUUGCAAUGCAAACAGAUAGUGAUGGAAUUGCCAGAGUUCAGAAAGAAUGUUUUUCUCUAUUUAUGUGAAUUUUUACAAGAAGCAUUGCAACACUGUGCAGAAAACGGCCUGGAUGCUAAGACUUUAUCUACGCUUUUUGGUGCAAUAUUUUUAAGAGAUAAUCCUAACAUUAUUCAGGAACCGCAAUCACGAAUAAACAAACAAGUUAUCGAUAAAAAGAAAGCCCAGUUUGUAUAUCAUUUUCUGAUAAAUGACCACAGUGACUUAAUGUUUUCGAGA